ACUGACAGUCACACGAGUCGGGUCCUUCCUCAGGAUCUCUCCUCUGCCGUCAACUUCGUCAGACCUUUUGUUUUGGUGUCGAUGGACGCGUCCGCCGGCGAGCUAGGGCCGUCUCGUGCGCGCCGUCCACCAAUCAGGGCGCUCCGUGACGGCUACGAGGGGACAACAGUGCGGAGGGAGAUGGCGCCCAGCUCGAAAUCCGAAAAGGACGACGGCAAACGGAAAGCUCAAAGAAAACACAAAGACCAUGUCGUCAAGCUUCUCAUGCGUGGGAAGCUGUCAGGACAGUUCUCUCAGCGCAUGUUCAGGAAGCUCCCACCUCGAGUAUGUGUCCCUCUGAAGAACAUUGUCAGCGAGGAGUUCCUGAGAGCAGGACAUAUCUUUCUUGGCUUCACCAAAUGUGGCCGCUACGUUCUGUCGUACACCAGCGACUGUGGAGAAGAUGACGACUUCUCGUUCUAUACCUACCAUCUCUACUGGUGGGAGUUCAAUUUGCACAGUCGACUCAAACAGGUCCAUCAUGUGCGUCUGUUUGCCGGUGAGGAAAUCUACAGUGAUCUCUACUUGACCGUUUGUGAGUGGCCAAAUGACCACUCCAAAAUCGUCAUCUUUGGCUUCAAUACACGCAGUUCAAGCUCUGUUCUGAUGAACCUGAUGAUGAGUGAUGAGAACAACAGAGAUAUUUACAUCACCAUUGCCUCUAUGCCUCCUCCUAAACCUUGCUCUCACUGCUGCCCAGUUCCCUCAGCCAGCACCAUACGCACUGGGAGUGGUGAGUGUCUCGAGCAUGGCUAUGUGCUCAACAGCAGGUACCAGGUGGUGUAUCCGUUCCCCACUUUCCAGCCAGCUUUCCAACUGAAGAAGGACCAGGUGAUCCUGUUGAACACUAGCUACUCUCUGGUGGCCUGCGGCAUCUCGCUCUGCUCUGGUAAGCAGGGUCAGUCAUCACAGAUCCUCUACACAAAGAGAGCAGCUUUGUCAAGUCAAGCCUCCACUUCUCCGUCCUCUACCUCCUCGGCCUCGUCUUCGUCACUACCUCAGGGAUCUCCCGAAAGUCAACCGACGCCCAGCAGGCCCGCACCGGUCCCCACGUCUCCUAGCCAGUCGCAGGCCGCAGUGAGAGCCCGGGAGUUCGCUGCUGACCUCUUCAGGCGGGCCCAGGGAGGAGGAGCAGGGGGGAAAGAAACUGAGGACCAGCAAGAGAGGAAAACGGCGGACGGUGGUGAAAACGAGGCCGCGGUGACACCAGGAGACAAAGGGGUGAAUGGAGAGAGGAGGAGAGAGCAGGAGAGGGACUGUAGAGAGAGGAGAGAGGAAGAGAGAAGGACUAGUUUACCACAAGCAUCAACAUCCGCUGGGGGCCACAGUUUCCAUCAGUUACCAGAACAAGUGAUGUCUCCUGCAUCCUCUUCCUCAUCACCAUCAUCCCCUCCAACCCCAUCCUCAUCCCUGGAGGUCGGCCCCUGUGAGCCGGGAUAUGUAAACUACUCACACCUGCACUACCGCCUCCACCAGCCCGGGACAGCGGAGCAGAAUACAGAAGGUUAUGAAGAUGAUAAGGUCCAGCUGCCCUUCACAGUUACUGAUCUGAAGGGACGGAACCUGCAGCUGGUCACUGGGCCACACAAUGGACAGAGUGUGUGUGUUGAGCAGCUGACUCUGGACUUUGAGUAUCUUAUCAAUGAGGUGAUUAGGAACGAUGCUGCCUGGGCCACGCAGUUCUGCUCCUUCAGUGACUAUGAUGUUGUGAUAUUAGAGGUGUGUCCAGAGACCAACACUGUGAUGAUCAACAUUGGUCUGCUGUUACUGGCGUUCUCCAACUCGGACGAGGAGCACUGCAGGCCAAACACCUACCAUUCCAACCUGCAGGUUAGCUGGGACCUAAACACAGGUGUGUGUUGCACCGUGGGUGUUGGUGACCUUACAGAGGUUAAGGGUCAGACCAGUGGGACUGUGUGGAGUUCUUACAGGAAGUCCUGUGUGAACACGGUGAUGAAGUGGCUGGUUCCAGAGAGCAGCUCCCGCUACAUCAAUCGCAUGACCAACGAAGCUCUACACAAAGGCUCGUCUCUGCAAGUGUUGGCAGACAGCGACCGAUGUACCUGGAUUGUAUUAUGAAGAAAGAAGAGGGCGAGAAGUGUCAAAGCACCAGAAACAAAUAUGCACACAUCAAUGUGGACGUGGCCUAAUCAGUCAAUAUGCAGCCCAACCUUGAUCUGAGAGAAACUGCAAACAUGUAGUUGAAACACGUGUCAAAUGGAAUCUGAAUCAGAAAGGCUCUCAAUGAAAAACUGUAAAGCUGAAGUUUCUUUUCUUUUCUUUUUUUUCUAGGUGAUCUGUGUUUAAUUUUGCUGGUUUCAUCUUUCUCUUGUAUUCGCGUACUGUGUUAUUGCAACCACCAAAACCAAGAGCUGGACUGAACAAAGUUUUAGUUUUUACUUUUAGUUUUUAUACAUAAAGACGUACUGUUAUGUGGUGUGAAUGUUUUUAUAAGUGUGUGUCUGUACCUGAAGUCAUACAACCUUGUGUGAUGCUGGCAAGGUGAUUUCCUUCAGUGAAUAAGUGUGAGUGUGUGUGUGCAUGUUUAGUGUUUAUGUUACAUCUGACAGAAUCUAAAUUGAAUUGAAUUUAAAUUUUGAACAUCUGGCCUGCACUGGUCCAGCUUUGCUGUGUUCAUCCAUGAGGUUGCAGUAUUUAAAACGAGAAAAAGUGAAACCAGUACUACGUCACUCUUUUUUCGUUUUGUUUUUGUUUUUUUAGACCCAAUGUCAUGGAAGUAGGGGGUUGUUGGGAUUCAUCUGCUCAGCUGGUCGGCAAAACGCUGUAUAUGUUUUACAGGCAUGGAAAUGAGACUAUUUUUGGUUGGGAUAUUUUGUUAAAAUAAAAUGUUCUAAAGAUUU